AUGUCUUCCUCGCAGAGUGAAUUAUUUUCUAAGUGGUCUGAGUCGUUCUAUUCAGCAAGACAUAAACUUCUUGCUAUUAGGCGACAAGAAGGAAUUGAAGAAAUAAAGCGAAAGGGAGUAAUUAUUGACAAAGAAGUACCGCUUAAAAUUUAUCUUGAGUUUUGUAAAGGAGAACCACCCAUUUCUGUCAAACACCAUUUGAUCGACGGAAAAAUUGAAGCCUAUGAAAUGCCUCUCGACCUUCAUGGAGUGGUACAAGGAAAGUUAACUGUUAUUAUGGGUAAUUGGAAUGAUCAGUUGCUGAUUUUUGGUGAAAUCGAUAUUAUUGUGGGUACGAAUAGUGUCUAUCAUCCUGAUAUUUGUGUUCGACCAAUAAAUCGCCGACGACUUCAACUCGCACAAGCAAUCAAUUCAACGGGAAAUCCAUACCCAACUCUGGUGGUGGAAAUUGGAAGUACCGAAAGCCUAAACCAUAUGCAUGAUAAUGUAGCAAACUAUUUUUCUCAACGUACCACUAUACAAAUUUAUUUUGUUAUCAAAUUAUUUCCUUCUCGCCAGGAUGGUACUUUUGCGCUUCUUGCAUUGCUUUACCUGCGUAACGACCUAAAUCCAACCAUACCUUUAGUUGUGAAGUCUUUCGGAACAGCGCCUCUUCACCCUAUCACACAAGCGUACCUUAAAGAUACUUUGCACGUUCAGGCCAUUUAUGGUGUCGAGUUUGGAGGGGUUCCCUGUGAUGAUGCAAAUAUCCCUCAAUAUCAAAUAGAUAUUUCGACUGCAUUACUUUUUAACGAUGUUCUUAGCGGUGUUCCUACUGGUGUACCCGAUAAUUUUACUAUAGAUCUAUGGAAAUUAAAAAAAGUAAUUCAGGAAGUUCAGGAUAAUUAG